AUUCAACAUCGAGAUACAGUCAUCAGAUCAAUGUUAUGUUCAUCACAAAUAACGAUAUAAACUUCCCAUUUCAGUUUAAUUAUAGUGGCAAUUCUUCUCAGCAAAUUAUAAGUGGACGAAUCAUCACACUUGGAGUGGGUUAUUAUAACGCGUCGAAUAUGAUAGUACACACUUGUGUAUUAUUAAAGAUGCAGGGUGAAAUAAAAUGUCCGUUCUCGCUGUCACUACCAACUGCAGCACCUUCCAGAACAGAACCACCCUUUUCGUCAGCUACAGUUGAAAGUAGUUUAUCAACCUCUACCAGAAGUGCCAACAAUCCAAAUGUACAUACAACCAGCGGCGGCCCUUCUACAACUAUUAUCUCAACCGCGACGAAGAAUCGAUCCAUAACAGCGCCUCAACAGACAUCAGCACCGAUGGUAAUCAAAACCAGUGCUAAACAUUCAAGCUCCAAUGGCCGCAGUGGUUUGAUUGCAGGCGUAUUUGCUGGAGCAAUUGGCUUACUUGUGUUAGUUAUUGCCAUUAUACUCGUGAGAAGACGAAAGAAAAGGGAAACUGUCGCAAAGAAGUCAGGUGUAGUUGCAGGACCUAAAACUGAUGUGACAAAUUCUAAGCACGGAUCAUCCGCGAGUUCUCAACCUCAUAUAUCUAAUAUUUCCGAAAACCCCGUUUACGAACAACCUAAAAAGCCCCAAAUUCAAGUAGGUGCCAUCCACAAUAUUUUGGAACCCGUGUAUGCAAAAGUUGAAAAGAGAGCAAGUGAACCACCAUCAGAUGAACGAGUUGAACCCUUCUAUAAUGUCCUUGAGGGCCCAGAAACUGAUGGACCAAAUGAAAAAGAGCCUCCAUUUUAUCAUCUUCUAGAGGGACCAUAUUCUGAUGGUGGUCCAUUUUACGAUGUUCUUGAAGAACCUGGAUCAAUGGCCCUUCCAAAUCAACACAAUGCGUCGAUAACUAUAAUCGAUGGAAAAACGGACGGCAAAGGAAAUCGAGACUACAAAGAUACUGUUUAUGAUUCUGUUGAAGAAGUAAUUCCUGAUACRGGAGACAUUUAUCAACAGCUCAAUCAAGACGGUCAACGGGAAACUAGUGUUUGCUAGGCCCUGACCUAUGCAAACCAGGCAAUGCCUCUGACCAAAUUAAACGCGAUUGAUUCAGAAGCAUAGUCAGAAAAGGAGUUUAAAAAAAAAAGAUUAUGUACUGUUUAAAAAACGAGUAGGAGGCGUAGCCGAGUGCUUUUAUACCUGAUAAAACACGAUCUACGAGUUUUUUGAACU